UAUAGCUUUUACAGACAGAUGGUUCCUUUUUCUUAAUUCACACGUAUGUUGUUUCACUUUGUAAAUUCUCAGAAAUUGUUCUUCCGAGAUGCAAAAUCUCCUUUUACGGCAGAUUCCCGACCAAUCAGUAUUGCAAAACAAAGUGAUAGUGAAAAUAUUUGAUACCUAGAAAUCGUCGUUGUGACCAAGUGUGUAUAUGUAUAAGAGCUAUUACUCAUUCAUUUAUCGGUUUUUCUACUUGUAAACCCUGAAGAGGAAAACAAGAUAGCGAAUUUCAGCAAAUUAAUUACUUUCUUGUUGCCGUCACCGGUUUUUGUCUCUUUCAAGAACAUUCCCGUUUUUACCAGGUACGGAACAAUUUAUUUGGAGUUUUCCAUAUCAAAGAAAAAUGAAACCAAAUUGGCCAUCACAGGGAAGUUACCCGCCUAGACCAUCAAAUCAAGGUUCCUCUCAGCACAACUCUUAUCCAUCACAGGGAAGUUACCCGCCUAGACCAUCAAAUCAAGGUUCCUCUCAGCACAACUCUUAUGCAGAUCACCAGUCAGGAUCAUCAAAUUUCUAUGGUUCAUCUCAGUAUUACCCUCAACAAUCAUCCAGUCGAGGUAAUAUACAAAACAGCAACCAAUAUUACGCAAAUGACCGGUCUUAUACAAGGGGAACAAAUAUGGAUGAAGUAGAUCAACAAUAUCUUUCAAGGCAAUUAUCUUUAAUCUUGCGGCACAAAGCACGAGAUAUGAAACUUCAUAUAGAUAGUGGUGGAUUUGUGGCUGUUAAUGAAAUACUUCAUCUACCAGCUUUUCGGGGUGCCAAUCUAAAAGUUAUCGAGAAAAUUGUUGAAAACGAUAGUAAACAACGGUUUCACUUGAAAAUGGAUGACAAAUCACAGCGUAUGAUUAUUCGAGCAAACCAAGGCCAUACAUUUGAGUUGGAAAAUCUUGAUUUGAAAGAAAUUCUUGAUGCCUCCGAAUUUCCUACCGUUUUGCAUGGUACUUACUAUGAAAGCUGGAAGAAAAUAAAGACUCAGGGUUUGAAAACAAUGCAAAGAAAUCACAUUCACUUUGCUGCUGAUAUGCCAGGAAGCUCUGGAGUAAUAAGUGGUAUGAGACAGUCAUGUGAAAUUAUUCUAUAUUUGAAUUUGGAGAAAGCAUUAAAAGAUGGCAUAAAAUUUUACCUUUCAUCAAACAAUGUCAUUUUGAGCCCUGGAAAUGAAAAGUAUUUGAUUGAACCACAAUAUUUUGAGAAGGUUGUUGACUAUAUGACUGGACGUCAUUUGAGUCUAACUGAACCAGUUGAAACCGGUCCAACCAAAAGCAGCAAUAUUUCUGAACGUGUGGCUUUAAGAGAAGCAGGUAUAAAACCAGAUGGGAAAUCCAAUAAUUAUCCUCCUGGUUAUAAUCCUGUUGAUGACACUUCAUCUGAGAAAGCAGAUAGAAAGAAGAAGAAGAAGAAGAAGCAGAAAGGAUUAAAGAACAAUGAUUUGAAAGAUAAGGUGCAGAACAAUAUGGCUGAGCAAGAGGGAAAAAAUAUGAAAGCAUCUAAAAAACAAGAAAGUGACAUUAUUGAGUCUGAACAAAAGAAAAGUCUGAAACCAAAAAGAAACUAUGAAAUAACUUCUGCUGUAAAUGCAGAAGAUGAGGAAGAAGAAGUUGAAGAAGAAACUGUGACGAAAAGCAAGCGUAGGCAGAAAGUAAAAAAAAUCAAGCAAGAAUCCUCAAAUUCUGAAGAUGAGGAAGAACAUGUUACAGAAGAACAGGAUACUGUAAAAUCAGAGAAUGAUGCAGUGAUCUUGCAACAGUUUGAUCCCACUCUUGAACAAGAACUGUUGGAAUUGGACACAAUAGCUGUAUUAGCCCAGUCUAAAGUAAUUGCUGCUGGAAAUAUUAAUAAAUUGAUAAUUUUUGAUAAUAAAAAAGAAGAGGAUAUUAAGUUUUUACAAAAGAUGAUGAAUAAUCACAAAAGUAUAAAGUUAAUAACUCAAAUGACCAGUUGUAAUAUGAAGGAUUUAGAUAUCAAACAAUUCCGAAAAGUUCUGGAUCUCUCUAUUCUUUACAAUGAAAUGAAUGAAAAACCUGUCAAUGGUGAUGUGAAAGCAUUAUAUGAAAAAGCUACAUGCAGGACUUCAAAACUUGCAAGUGACAUAGAUAUACAGUCUGAAUAUUUGAAAAUGUGCGUUCAUUACAGGAAAGCUGCAUUAUUCAUGUGGCAAGCAUUUGAGUUUUAUAAAUAUUACGAGGAAAGACUGGAUCAAGUGACCCAGAAAAAAAUGUUCACGUCAAGUUUAGAAGCACUUAAAAAGAAAAUGUCAUCCAAGAAUUAAUAAUUUGCACAAUUACUAAACUAAUGUGUAAUUACGAUUAAUGAUAGUUGUGUAAUUACAUAUAUAAAUUUUGGUAUAUUCAUCUGCUGUUGAUUAUGAGCCACAUAAAAGGGAAAAAAUUAUAGAAAUUUUAAAGAAUUAAGUUGCAUACAUACUAAAAUGAACAUGUAAAUUUCAUAUCUAUGAUAAACAUUAAUUUUGGUAGAUUCAGCUGCCAUUAAUUAUGAGCCACAAUGUGACAUAGUGGUUUGUUUCAAAUUGCAAUUUAAGCAUAUCCUACUGUAAACAUUAUCAUGUUGAAGAUUGCAUUAAUUUGUCUUAGACAAGCAGGAAAAUCUGCUAGAUCCCUUCUUAAUAGACAAUGAGCAUCUAUAAAAAAAAUUUGCUAUAAAUUAUGCAAAUACUUGCUUUUUCAAAGCUAUAUAACUCAUGGUAAUUUACACACACAAUGGCUUGAAAAUUUUAAAUAAAAUAAAAGUGCAAAUAUAAAAAAAAAGAAAUACAAAA